GGGGGGCCUGAGCACCAGUGCUGCUGGGAUGGAGCCCUGCUGGUCCCAAGGAAAUUCAGGGGGGGCUGGGAGCCAGGAGGGGAGGUGAGGCGAGGCAGGCGGGCACCGUCUCUGCUGGCCGGGCAGCAGGCAGGCGGGCACCAUGCUGAUCAAGGAAUACCACAUCCUCCUGCCCAUGAGCCUGGAAGAGUACCAGGUGGCCCAGCUGUACAUGAUCCAGAAGAAGAGCCGAGAAGAGUCCAGCGGAGAGGGCAGCGGGGUGGAAAUCUUGGCCAACAGGCCCUAUGAGGACGGGCCAGGGGGCAGCGGGCAGUACACCCACAAGGUCUACCACGUGGGCUCCCAUAUCCCUGGGUGGUUCCGGGCCCUGCUGCCCAAGGCCGCCCUGCAGGUGGAAGAGGAGUCCUGGAAUGCUUACCCCUACACCAGGACGCGCUACACCUGCCCCUUUGUCGAGAAAUUCUCCAUUGAAAUAGAAACCUACUACCGGCCUGAUGGGGGUCAGCAGCCCAACGUCUUCAACCUGAGCGGGACAGAGAGGAGGCAGCGCAUCCUGGACACCAUCGACAUCGUCCGGGACGCAGUGGCCCCUGGCGAGUACAAGGCUGAAGAGGACCCGAGGUUGUACCGCUCGGCCAAGACGGGUCGGGGGCCCCUCGGGGACGACUGGGCACGGUUGGCUGCUCAGUCGGGCCCCCUGAUGUGCGCCUACAAGCUCUGCAAGGUGGAAUUCCGCUACUGGGGCAUGCAGGCCAAGAUUGAACAGUUCAUCCAUGAUGUCGGUCUACGGAGGGUGAUGCUUCGAGCCCACCGCCAGGCCUGGUGCUGGCAGGAUGAAUGGACCGAGCUCAGCAUGGCAGACAUCCGGGCUCUAGAGGAGGAGACGGCCCGCAUGCUGGCCAGAAAGAUGGCCAAAUGCAUCACACCUGAGGGGGAAGAGACUGAGGCCACCGCCGCAAAGCCGGUGACGGAGGGCCGGGCCCCUGCAGGCCAAGCAGGAAGUCCCGAGGGGCCCGAGGGCCCUGCAGCGGCUGAUGCUUCCCCGGACACUGACAGCUUCUCCAAACAGUGGUCUUCGUCCCCUCGGUCCUCCUACUCCUCCCAGCACGGAGGGGGGGUGUCCCCACAGAGCUUGUCUGAGUGGCGGAUGCAGAAUAUUGCCCGGGACUCAGAGAACAGCUCGGAGGACGAGUUCUUUGAUGCACAUGAAGGCUUCUCGGACAGUGAGGACGUCUUUCCUAAGGAGAUAACCAAGUGGAACUCCAAUGACUUCAUUGACGCCUUUGCCUCCCCAGCUGCGGCCACGGGGGCUUCGGACCCUGCAGACCCCGGGGCUGAGGUCACCAAGGGUGAAGGAGAAGGGGCAGGAGCAUCCAGAGACCCUGAGGGUCUGGGGGCUGGGGACCUGGGUCCUGAGGUCUGCGCCGUGCACGCCCUGUUCCUCAUCCUGCACAGUGGGAACAUUCUGGACGCCGGACCGGGAGAUGUGGAUUCCAAGCAAGCGGACGUGCAGACCCUGAGUGCAGCCUUCGACGCCGUCACCCGCGUGCACUUUCCCGAGGCCCUGGGCCACGUGGCCCUGCGCUUGGUGCCCUGCCCACCCAUCUGCGCGGCAGCUUAUGCCCUCGUCUCCAACCUAAGUCCCUACAGCCACGAUGGGGAUAGCUUGUCUCGCUCCCAGGACCACAUCCCGCUGGCCGCCUUGCCCCUGCUGGCCACCUCCUCCUCCCGCUACCAAGGGGCCGUGGCCACCGUCAUUGCGCGCACCAAUCAGGCCUACGCGGCCUUCCUGCGCUCGCCCGAGGGUACCGGCUUCUGUGGGCAGGUAGUGCUGAUUGGAGACGGCGUCGGUGGCAUCCUGGGCUUCGAUGCACUGUGUUACAGUGCCAACGCCAGCUUGGGGAGCCUGAGCAGCAGCCGCCGGGGCAGCAUGAACAAUGAACUGCUGUCCCCGGAGCAGGGCCCGGGCCGGGAUCCGCUGGCUGACGGCGUGGAGGCUGUGGGCUCUCUCUCCGCCCAGCGCCUGCCCAGCGAUGGCACAGCCCCAGAGCCUGACUCCCUGUCCUCUCACUGCAGCCUGCAGGCUGGCACGUCCCCAGCAGAACCCCGGCGGGGGAGCACCGUCUCCUGCCCAGCCCCAGAGGCCACGGACGGCCCCACCCGCCUUGACUUCAAGGUGUCUGGCUUCUUCCUCUUUGGCUCGCCCCUGGGCCUGGUGCUAGCCCUCCGCAAGACCGUGAUGCCCGCCCUGGAGGUGGCCCAGAUGCGCCCGGCCUGUGAGCAGAUAUACAACCUCUUUCAUGCUGCUGACCCCUGUGCCUCCCGCCUGGAGCCUCUGCUGGCCCCCAAGUUCCAGGCCAUCGCCCCCCUCACCGUGCCCCGCUAUCAGAAAUUCCCCCUGGGAGACGGCACCUCUCUGUUGCUAGCCGACACCUUACAGACCCACUCGGGCCUCUUCUUGGAGGAGCUGGAGAUGAUGGUGCCGUCCACCCCCACGUCGGCCAGCGGCGGCUUCUGGCGGGGCCCUGAGCCGGGGCCUGAGCCCCCGCCCCCUGCAGGCGCCCCCGGCACGGCCAGCGAGGUGGUCAAAAUCCUGGAGCGCUGGUGGGGGCACAAGAGGAUCGACUAUUCCCUCUACUGCCCGGAGGCUCUUACGGCCUUCCCCACGGUGACACUGCCCCACCUCUUCCACGCCAGCUACUGGGAGUCAGCCGACGUGGUGGCCUUCAUUCUGCGCCAGGUCAUUGAGAAGGAGAGGCCCCAGCUGGCCGAAUACGAGGAGCCAUCCAUCUACAGCCCGGCCUUCCCUCGGGAAAAGUGGCAGAGGAGGAGGACCCAGGUCAAGAUCCGGAACGUGACCUCCAACCACCGGGCGAGUGACGUCAUCGUGUGUGAGGGCCGGCCACAGGUGCUGAGCGGGCGCUUCAUGUACGGGCCCCUGGACGUGGUGACGCUGACCGGAGAGAAGGUGGACGUCUACAUCAUGACCCAGCCCCUCUCUGGCAAGUGGAUUCACUUUGGUACUGAAGUGACCAACAGCUCCGGCCGGCUGACCUUCCCCGUGCCUCCAGAGCGCUCCCUGGGCAUUGGCGUCUACCCCGUCCGGAUGGUGGUCAGGGGGGAUCACACUCAUGCCGAAUGCUGCCUGACCGUGGUGGCCCGUGGCACCGAGGCCGUGGUGUUCAGCAUCGACGGAUCCUUCACCGCCAGCGUCUCCAUCAUGGGCAGCGACCCCAAAGUGAGGGCUGGAGCUGUCGACGUUGUCAGACACUGGCAAGACUCAGGCUAUCUGAUCGUGUAUGUGACGGGCCGACCGGACAUGCAGAAGCACCGUGUGGUCGCCUGGCUUUCCCAGCACAACUUUCCCCACGGGGUCGUCUCCUUCUGCGACGGCCUCACCCAUGACCCCCUGCGGCAGAAGGCCGUGUUCCUGCAGAGCCUGUUGCAGGAGGUGGAGCUGAACAUCGUGGCCGGCUAUGGCUCCCCCAAGGAUGUGGCUGUGUACGGGGCCCUGGGCCUCCCUCCCAGCCAGACCUACAUCGUGGGCCGCGCCGUCCGCAAGCUUCAGGCCCAGUGCCAGUUCUUGUCUGAAGGCUACGUGGCCCACCUGGCUCAGCUGGAAGCCGGCGCCCACCCUCACGCCCCCCAGGCCCCGCCAAGGACAGGGCUGGCCAAGAGCAGUUACGUGGCAGCUCCCGUGGACUUUCUCCGCAAACAGAGCCAACUGCUCCGCUCCCGGGGGCCCAGUCAGGCCGAUCGGGAGGGGCCAGGGACUCCGCCCACUGCCCUGGCCCGGGCCAAGGCCCGCAGCGUUAGCCUGAAGCUGGACAGUGAGGAGUGACUGACCCACGGCCCCCUGGGCCACUGCCAAGAGAACGGCUUAUUUAUUGACAAUCCCCCCAGCCCUCCCCCGGGGGGGCUCCCCCCGGCUUGUGCCCUUUCUGCGUCCCCCCCAUUCCCUGUCAAUGUGUUACAAAUCCCUUUAAUGUGAGGGGACGGGCCCUGGGGAGAGGCCUGUGAGGCUUCCAUGAUGUGUGAAACUGUGAACAUUAAACCCCAACCCCCAGCGUGGCGUCUGUGCUCUGUGGCGCCCCACGCCUCUCCCUGGCUUCUCUCGUGGCUUCCUGGCCCUCUGGCCCUCGGUCCGUGGGCAGGGGGCCCAGAGGUCCCCUUCAGAAGAGGAAAGGGCAUCCCUGCGACGGGAAAGGGCUUGACCAAGGCCACACAGCUAGCGAGCAGCCGAGCAGGCAUUCAAACCCAAGUCCUUUGACCCCACCCCCCCUUCUCCGCUGGUCCUCUUGGCCCCUCAGGCCUUUGUCCUGCUGCCGGCCAGGCAGGCCGCCUUUGGGGAAGCGUUCCAGGAGGUGGUGGGACCUAUGAGACAGCAUCCGAGACCGCGAGCUGGAAACUGAGGCCCAGGGAGGGAAAGGGUCUAGCCUACGCCCACCCAGGCAGUGAGAGAGGCAGGGCCGAGAUGUCUCUCCUCUACGCCCCUGAGAGAGAGCCAGGACCCUUUGGGACACAUCCCCCAGGCCCUCAGGAAUCCACUGGGGGGGGG